GCGCAAAGUUGCUGGACCCUCUUCACCGAGCGCCGUUCUUAACUCCGUCCUCCGAGCUUUGGGAUUAAAUUUUCCAGAGAACUCAAAUUUCACGACUUUCGCGCGCGAGCUCGUGGAUCAGAGCCACAAUUCUUCGUUGCAAAACAAUUCUCACAGUCGUCCGCCCGCAAUCCAGCAAGAAUCUGGGCGAUCUUCCUCGUAUCAUUUCACACGUGCGCUGUCAUCAUGUCCGCCGAAGAAGUACCGCUCUCGCGGGCUGAGAAGAAGGCGCAACGAGAUGCGGAAAGAUUCAAAAAGAGCGGCAACAAGAAGAGAAAACUCGCCGACGCAGCUGGCGACGAUGAAGGGAACCCUCCACAGCAGGACGACGGCGACGCGACAAAUGCCGCAGCCGACGCGAACGGUGAGCUCGUCGCAUCUUCGAAAAAGGUCAAACAGAGCGACGACGCCGCUGCGAAAAAUCCUGGCGAGUCUCGCGCCGAACGUCGGAGGAGGAAAAACCUCGAAGCAGGCACGACGCUCGCGAGAGUGGCUUCCGCCGACGACAAAGCGACAUCUACAGCAAACAAAACAAAGACCUCGUCCAAGCGCCGGAAAAAGAACGAUGGCACAUCCACCACCGCCGAUGGUACCGCCGUCGCCGACGACGCCAAACCCAGCAAAUCCCGCUUCAUCCUCUUCAUCGGCAACCUCCCCUUCAAAGCCACCGAUGCCGGGCUCCAGGCGCACUUCGCCAAACUGCAGCCCUUCACGCUGCGGCACCGCACCGACCCCACGACCAAACGCAGCAAAGGAUUCGCCUUCCUGGAGUUCGAGAACUACGACCGCAUGAAGACCUGCCUGAAGCUGUACCACCACAGCAUGUUCGACGCGGACGACGUCGCGAACGGCGGCUCCGGCAAAGGCAACGGCAAGCACGCCCGGAAGAUCAACGUCGAACUCACCGCCGGCGGCGGCGGCGCCAAGGCCGAGGGCCGCAAGGAGAAGAUCAAGGUCAAGAACACCCGCCUCGAGGAGCAGAGGAAGCGACGCGCCGAGGCCGAGAAGAAGGACAAGGAGAGGAAGGAGAAGAAGGAGGGCGGCGGCGGCGGAAAGGGUAGAGAUGGAGAGAAGGGCGGAGCGGAAGACAAGCCCGCUGCUACUGCCGCGGCGCAGGAGCCUGAGCAGCAGCAGGCGGACCUCAACGGAAUGCACCCCAGCCGGAUGGCGAGGUUGAACGGAUGAGAGUGGUCCAUGAUCUCAACCAAAAAAGCCCCGCGAGAUCUCGACGAUAUCCGGUGUUUGCAUCGCGGAAGGAGGUUCCUACCCGGGAAAACGGGGCGAAACCCCGUCCGAAAGAAACCAACAGUCCUUCCCCCCUCCCCAUGGAGUGCAGUGAACGGAAUCCCUCGGCCAUCAAGUCCCGGCCGAGCUGGGACCGCGGUCCGUUCUGCCCGCCCAGCCGAAUCCAUUUCUCCCGCGGAA